AUGAUAACAGUAUCAAUUAUUCUUUACUUCUUUAAUUCUUUACCGGUAGUUCUAAAAAUAUUAAGUUGGAUUUAUAAUUUCUAUUUUCUGACUGUAAAUUAUACUUUUAAAGUGGAUGCAUUCUUUUUAAAUAACAAUUGGUCCAAUCCAUUAUGCCAAUUAAUUCCAGUUCAAAUUCAAGUCGUUGUAUUUAAAUCAAUUUCUAAUACAGACUUAGAAGAAAUAUUUCUUUUCGAUCUAUUUCAUUUAAAUACACUAAAUAAAUUAAAUAAACUUAUUUGA